UUGAUUUGUCUACCGGUGUUUCCUGUUGAAGUGUUCAAUAUCGUUGAUUUCGUAUCCAUUUGAAUUUUGUUAUUCUUUCAUCCUUGUAGAAUUCUAGAUUACUGUAUCAUUAUUCAGUAAUUUGUGGGUCUGCAGAUUUUUUACUUUGUGAUGUAGUUACGCGUUUCUUUUUCUCUUCGGUGAGAUAAAAUUUGUUGCGCAUGAAAUUUUCACCACUGAAUAGGUUCUAUACAAGUAUGAUUGGUUUUAUUUGAUUGAGUUUCCGACUGGGUAUUUUAGUUUGUCUUUGCAUUUCGAAAGAGUUUCUGAAAGAGUGCUUCUUUGUUUCUAAUCUUCAAGGACAUCUUACAACGGGAGAGUUGUUGCAACUUCAUCAAAUCUAGUCUCUUGGAUUAUGUAAUAAAAGAAAUAACUUCUUUAAAGCGCAGGUUUUAUGGCUAUCAUCUUUCAAAGACAUGGUGAUGUGAUCAGCUGUAGCCUGUAAUGUGCUCCCACUCAUUAUCACUGGAGAAGCUGCGUACUAAUAUUUAACAGUCAAGUAUGGCAAAAGUUGUUGCUCCAAGUUCUUUACCUUCAGUUUCUCAUGAUAUUGGUGGAGGGGCUCAAAAGGUUGGAAAAUCUAUAAGAAGAAAGACCCCAUCAGAACUAAGGGGAGAGCAGUUAAAGCGUUCAUGUGAUUUGGAUCUUCUUGAUGAAUCUCCUUCUUCUGUUUUUGCUUCUAACAAUGCUUUGGGCAAUGGGCUUAAGAAGCCUGUGUUACUUAGAAAUCCAAGAUACAUUGAUACACGCAUGGAUGAGGUAUAUCCAGUCAAAAAAACUAGGCUUAGAAUCUUAUCUGGAAAAGAUAAUGCUAAGGAAAAUAGUCCAGUGGAGCAAGCUAGCAGUUUCAUGAAUAUAUCUAUGCUUUCAAAUUUGGCUACGAGUCAAUGUAAGGAGAAUUCUAUUGGUUCUGCUGAUGUUGCUCAUUAUAGGACUGUUAAAACUUCUCAAACCGUUGAGAGCAGUAGACAAAGUAUCUUUCGAAGUGUCACUGACCUGUCAUCAGGUGGUGACAAGUCAUCAGGCUUGACAUGCAUUGAUAUGGAUAAAGCAUUAAAAGGACUUGCUGCUCGUGAAACCACUGCAGUUUCUAGUUUACCAUCAGACUCUUUCAAGAAAUCCAACGAUGCUUCAUCUACUUAUUCAAGUGAUUUCUGCAGUGAAAGCUGCAUACUAGGUCAAAAGGCUCCACUUGAUUUUACUUUAAAAACCAGCAUGCGGGUGGUCUCCUCCUCCUCACUCAAUUUGAUCCACAAGACAAUCGUGUCUGCUUCUAUGCCUCAGUUCCUAAUGCAAAUUGGUUCUCAGGAUCAAGUUAGAAACUGUAGUGCAGGACUGCCAUCAGCUUCUCAAGCCUCAAGCUCUAUAGCUCUCCAUUCAUGGGUUUAUCCUCAAUCUACCAUACCAUCUUCUCUUGUUUCAGUUUUGAACUCAUCAGCAGCAGCAGCUGAAGCUGAGUUCCUUAGCAGACGUCAUCUAGCUUGGGAGUACUCAUUUCAGAGCCUUUAUUAUAUGCUCCGGAAUAAUAUUUGUAGAAUUUUUUAUGUUUGUACAUCCCAAUUCGUGGUUAUGUUUACAAGUGGAGAGGCCUCAGGGGGCAACAAACACUUGUGCAAUGCAUAUCUGUCCCAGUCAACAAGGGGUUUGAGGUCUAUUUUGAACGAGCAUGAUGUUUGUUUCUCAAUGCCUCUUUGUCGUUCCAAAGUUGAACAAGUUAAUGCUGAAGAUCUGGUUGAACUUUCAGAGAUAGAGAAGUAUAAUUUGGGACAGACACGACGAAUUCGUUCGUUUUUUGAUGUCGAUAGGAGCUCUCAGUCUUUGCUGUUUUUCAGUGACAAUAAAAAUGUGCAAGGGUUAUAUGACAUCCUGUUAAAUUACAGAUCUUUCUUGACUUCAUUAGCUGGCAUGGAUGUUCCCCUGUUGUUAUCUCCUGUUCCCUUUCAGAAUGCUGCCCUUUCUUCUCCUCAGGUCAAAUACAAGGAGAUGAGAAGUGCAAACCAUAUUGCCGCUGCAUCUAAAGGAUGCACAUCAAAAGAUGGCGAAUCCGCUCUACCUUCAUCUGUUGGUGUCUCCUAUAACCUUGAAAUUAGUGAUACAUAUAUUCCACCAUGGGUUGUUACCAGUGUAUGUGCUGCCGUGGGUGGUUCCGAAGGAAGAAGCUUCGAGGCCAGCUUCUCUACAGACCCUGUCUCAAUUAGCUUGAAUGUUGCUCUUGGAUCUGCAGCUGCCAAAUCCGACUUUCCAUCCACGGCCAGUGAAGGGGCCCAACUUAUCGGCCAUACCUUCGAGAUUCCAGAAGCAAUUGCUUCGCCAUCCUUGCGCUCUGGCUUCUUAAAAGGUUUGAAGUAUUGCGGCAGUUCUUAUACAGCCUCUCUUUCUCCUGCAUGACACCUUUCAUUUUGCAGUAUUUAGUUUGUGAUUAUGAUAAUGAUGUAUGAUGAUCAUUCUUUUUUGCUGAUCAACUUUAUUAUUUAUCUUGUAUUUACUCUGUAUAAUAAGAUUCUGUGUAGCAUUAAUUGAUCCGUAUGUUUUGUGGAUUGUGAUUGACCAAAGAUAAAAUCGUGGUUUGAUUGAAUUAUGUGAGGAUUGGGGAGUCUUGCAUAACUCAGGCAGGAAUUUUGGUUGGUUGUAAUUCCUUUGGAAAGAAGUCAAUUAUGAUGUUCACAUUUGGAUGA